GACCCUGUCCAGUUUAGAGUUUAGUCUUUCAGCAAAGGCUGCUCAGUUCUCCAGGCUCCAGCCUCCAGCAAGGAUUGCAGGAGGAGACUGCGUCCUCUGGUCCUGGAGCCCCGUUUCCUCGGUGGGGAAGGGUUGCAGGAAGAGAAGGAGAUUUAGUGAGAGAGAAAACUAUGCAUCCUGGUGAAGCGUGAUUGAGUGUAGAAGUCCAGGGACACGCGUCUUCAGGUUUGCUCAGGGUUCACACUUGGUGCUUAGACAUCCAAAAUGAGGAAACACCGGCAUCUGCCCCUCGUGGCCGUCUUUAGCCUCCUUCUCUCAGGCAUUGCCGUGACUCACGCCCAACAGCAAGCAGAUGACAAAAAUGGUGCAGCUGCUGACAUAGUGUUUCUAGUGGAUUCCUCUUGGAGUGCUGGGAAGGACCGUUUCCUGCUCGUUCAAGAGUUUCUGUCUGAUGUUGUAGAGUCUUUAGCGGUGGGAGACACUGAUUUCCAGUUUGCUCUGGUCCGGCUCAACGGAAACCCACAUACCGAGUUCCUGUUAAAUACGUACCACACUAAGCAAGAAGUCCUUUCUCAUAUUUUGAACAUGUCUUACGUUGAGGGAAACAAUCAAACUGGAAACGGAUUAGAAUACAUAAUUCACAGCCACCUUACCGAGGCCUCUGGAAGCCGGGCCGCUGACGGAGUCCCUCAGGUUAUCAUAGUGUUGACUGACGGGCACUCAGAGGAUGGCUUUGCUCUGCCCUCGGCGGAGCUUAAGUCUGCGGACGUUAGCGUGUUUGCAGUUGGAGUUGAGGAUGCAGAGGAGAGAGCCUUGAGAGAAAUAGCAAGCGAACCGCUCAGUAUGCAUGUCUUCAACCUAGAGAACGUUACCUCACUUCACGGGAUAGUAGGGAACUUAGUGUCCUGUAUACACUCCUCCGUGAAUUCAGAAAGGGCUGGGGACGCGGGAAGCCUUAAAGACAUCACAGCACAAGACUCAGCCGACAUUGUUUUCCUUAUUGACGGCUCAGACAACACCGGAAGUGCCCAUUUCGCUGUCAUUCGAGACUUCCUUGUAAAUGUCCUUGAGAGACUCUCGGUUGGAAAUCAGCAGAUCCGAGUGGGGGUGGUCCAGUAUAGCGAUGAGCCCAGAACCAUGUUCUCCUUGGAUGCUUACCCCUCCAAGGCUAUGGUUCUGGAAGCUGUGAAAAGGCUCAGCUUUGCUGGGGGGGAGUUGGCCAAUAUAGGCCUGGCUCUUGACUUUGUGGUAGAGAAUCACUUCACCCGGACAGGUGGCAGCCGUGUGGAGGAAGGGGUCCCCCAGGUGCUGGUCCUCAUAAGUGCCGGGCCUUCUAGUGAUGAGAUUCGGGAUGGGGUGGUAGCUCUGAAGCAGGCUAGUGUGUUCUCAUUUGGCCUUGGAGCCCAGGCCGCCUCCAGGGCAGAGCUUCAGCACAUAGCUACCGAUGACAGCUUGGUGUUUACUGUCCCGGAAUUCCGUAGCUUUGGGGACCUCCAGGAGCAAUUACUGCCGUACCUUGUUGGUGUGGCCGAAAGGCACAUUGUCUUGCAACCGCCAACUAUUGUCACACAAGUCAUGGAAGUCAACAAGAGGGACAUAGUCUUCCUGGUGGAUGGUUCCUCCAGCCUGGGGCAGUCCAACUUCAAUGCCAUCCGAGACUUCAUUACCAAAGUCAUCCAGAGGCUGGAAAUCGGACAAGACCUGGUUCAGGUGUCAGUGGCUCAGUAUGCAGAUACUGUCAAGCCCGAGUUCUAUUUAAAUUCCUACUCCACCAGAAGGGAUGCCAUAACUGCUGUACGGAAGAUGAAGCCCCUGGAAGGCUCAGUCCUGUACACGGGCUCAGCUCUGGACUUUGUUCGAAACAACCUAUUCACUAGCUCAGCCGGCCAUAGGGCAGCUGAGGGGGUUCCUAAGCUCCUGGUGCUGAUCACGGGUGGUAAGUCCCUCGACGAGGUCAGCCAGCCAGCCCAGGAGCUGAAGCGGGGCAGCAUCAUGGCCUUUGCCAUCGGCAGCAGGGCUGCUGAUGAGGACGAGCUGAAAGAGAUCGCUUUCGACCCCUCCCUGGUCUUCGCUCCCGCUGAGUUCCGCCCUGCUCCUUUGCUAAGCAUGCUACCCAAUCUGCUGGCGCCCCUCAGGACCCUCACUGGAACCACAGAAGUUCACGUAAACAAACGGGAUAUCAUCUUCCUUUUGGAUGGAUCCGACAACGUUGGAAAAACCAAUUUUCCUUAUGUGCGUGACUUUGUAACCAACCUAGUUAACAGCCUCGAUGUUGGAAGUGACAAUAUCCGUGUUGGCUUAGUGCAAUUUAGCGACACCCCAGUCACGGAGUUCUCUCUAGACACUUACCAGACCAAGUCAGAGAUGCUUGCUCACCUGAGGCGCUUGCAGCUCAAGGGGGGCACGGGCCUGAACACAGGCUCUGCCUUGAGCUAUGUCCAUGCCAAUCACUUCACGGAGGCAGGCGGCAGCAGGACCCGGGAACGUGUGCCUCAGUUGCUGCUCCUGCUCAUGGCGGGGCCUUCUGAGGAUGCCUAUUUGCAAGCUGCCAAUGCCCUGGUGCGCGAGGGCGUGCUGACCUUCUGUGUGGGGGCCAGCCGGGCCGAUAAGGCCGAGCUAGAACACAUUGCUUUUAAUCCAAGCCUGGUGUAUCUCAUGGAUGAUUUCAGCUCGCUGCCGGCUUUGCCUCAACAGCUGAUUCAGCCCCUAACCACAUAUGUUAGUGGAGGUGUACAGGAAGUUCCACUAACCCAGCCAGAGGGCAAGCGGGACAUUCUUUUCCUCUUUGAUGGCUCCGCCAAUGUCGUGGGCCAGUUCCCUGCUGUCCGAGACUUUCUCUACAAGAUCAUUGAGGAACUUGAUGUGAAGCCGGAUGGGACCCGAGUAGCGAUAGCUCAGUUCAGUGAUGACGUCAGGCUGGAGUCACGCUUCAGUGAGCACCAGAGUAAGGCUGAAAUCCUGAAUCUUGUGAAAAGGAUGAAGAUUAAGACGGGCAAAGCCCUCAACCUGGGCUACGCCCUGGACUAUGCACAGAGUGAUAUCUUUGUGAGGUCGGCUGGCAGCCGCAUUGAGGAUAACGUGCAGCAGUUCCUGGUACUGCUGGUUGCCGGUAGGUCGACAGAUGCUGUGGCUGGACCAGCAAGCUCUCUGAAGCAGAGAGGCGUGAUACCUUUCAUCUUUCAAGCCAAGAACGCUAAUCCGGAUGAGCUGGAGCAGAUUGUGCCAUCCCCUGCGUUCAUCCUGACUGCAGAAUCGCUUCCUAAGAUUGGGGACCUCCAGCCACAGAUUGUGAGCCUUCUGAAAGCUGCACAGAGUGUAGAGCCUGUAUCAGGUGAAAAGGAUGUGGUGUUUCUGAUUGAUGGCUCCGAGGGUGUCCGGAGUGGCUUCCCCCUGCUAAAGGAGUUUGUGCAGAGAGUAGUGGAGAGCCUGGAUGUGGGUCCUGACCGGGUGCGUGUAGCCCUGGUGCAGUACAGCGAUCGGACCAGACCUGAAUUCUACCUGAAUUCCCACAUGGACCAGCAGGGUGUCAUCAAUGCCGUCCGCAGGUUGACACUGCUGGGUGGCCCAAUCCCCAACACAGGGGCGGCACUGGACUUCGUGUUGAGGAAUAUCCUGACCAGUUCCACAGGGAGCAGGAUAGCAGAAGGUGUCCCCCAGCUCCUGAUCGUGCUCACAGCUGAGCGGUCAGGGGAUGAUGUGAGAGGCCCCUCGGCGGUCCUGAAGCAGGGCGGGGCUGUGCCCAUUGGCAUCGGCAUCGGGAAUGCUGACAUCUCUGAGAUGCAGACCAUCUCCUUCAUCCCGGACUUCGCUGUGGCCAUUCCCAGUUUCCGGGAGCUUGGGACGGUCCAGCAGGUCGUCUCUGAGAGGGUGAUCCAGCUUAACCGUGAGGAGCUGAGCAAUUUGAAACCAGUGAUUUUGCCAUUGCCAAGCGCAGGUGCUAGCAGCAAGAAGGACGUGGUCUUUCUCAUCGAUGGAUCCCAAAACGCCAGCCCGGAGUUCCAGCACAUCCGCACCCUGAUUGAGAGGCUGGUUGAGUACCUGGACAUAGGCUUUGACACCACCCGGGUAGCAGUCAUCCAGUUCAGUGAGGACCCCAAGAUGGAGUUUCCUUUGAAUGCUCACUUCAGCAAGGACGAAGUGCAGAAUGCUGUGCGCCGGCUGAGGCCCAAGGGCGGGAGGCAGGUCUACAUCGGCAAUGCCCUGGAGUACGUGCUCAAGAACAUCUUCCAGAGACCGCUGGGGAGCCGUAUAGAAGAGGGGGUCCCGCAGUUCCUGGUCCUCAUUUCAUCGUCGAAGUCCGAUGACGAGGUAGACGACUCAGCAGUGGAGCUUAAGCAGUUUGGCGUGGCCCCGCUCACCAUAGCCAGGCACACAAACCAGGAGGAGCUGGUGAAGAUCUCCCUGAGCCCCGAGUACGUGUUCUCAGUGAGCACCUUCAGGGAGCUGCCCAGACUGGAGCAGAAACUGCUGACUCCCAUCACCACGCUGACCUCCCAGCAGAUCCAGCAGAUCCUGACCAGUACUCGCUAUCCCCCUGCAGUGAUUGAAAGUGAUGCUGCCGACAUUGUCUUCCUGAUUGACAGCUCCGAUGCCGUCAAGCCUGAUGGCAUCGCUCAUAUCCGAGACUUUGUGAGCAGGAUUGUUCGAAGACUCAACAUUGGCCCCAGUAAAGUGAGGAUUGGGGUCGUGCAGUUCAGCAAUGAUGUCUUCCCUGAGUUCUACCUGAAGACCCACAGGUCACAGGCUCUUGUGCUUGAUGCCAUACGGCGUCUGAGGUUCAAAGGAGGGUCUCCCCUGAACACUGGCAAAGCCCUGGAGUUUGUGGCAAGAAACCUCUUUGUGAAGUCUGCUGGGAGCCGGAUAGAAGAUGGAGUGCCUCAACACCUGGUGUUAUUCCUGGGUGGGAAGUCCCAGGAUGAUGUGGCUAGGCAUGCCCAAAUCAUAAGCUCAUCAGGGAUCACGAGUAUAGGGAUAGGGGACCGAAACAUCGAUAGAGUCGACUUGCAAACCAUCAUCAAUGACCCCAGACUGGUCUUCACGGUUCGAGAAUUCAGAGAGCUGCCCAAUGUAGAAGAGAGGGUCAUGCUUUCAUUUGGACCAUCUGGGGCUACUCCUCAGCCUCCUGGUGUAGACAUAGUUUCUCCCUCAAGACCAGAGAAGAAAAAGGCCGACAUCGUGUUCCUGUUGGAUGGGUCCAUCAAUUUCAGGAGGGACAGUUUCCAGGAAGUACUCCGUUUUGUAUCUGAAAUUGUGGACACCGUCUAUGAAGACGGCGAUUCCAUCAGAGUGGGGCUGGUCCAGUACAACUCAGACCCCACGGAUGAAUUCUUCCUGAGGGACUAUUCCACCAAAAGGCAGAUUAUUGAAGCCAUCAACAAAGUGAUCUACAAGGGAGGGAGGCAUGCCAACACCAAGGUGGGCCUGGAGCACCUGCGGCUGAACCACUUCGUGCCUGACGCUGGCAGCCGCCUGAAUGAGCGAGUCCCACAGAUCGCCUUCGUGAUCACAGGAGGGAAGUCAGUGGAGGAUGCUCAGGACGUGAGCCUGGCCCUCACCCAGAAAGGUGUCAAGGUGUUUACCGUGGGCGUGAGAAACAUUGACUCUGAGGAGGUGGGGAGGAUAGCCUCCAACAGCGCCACAGCCUUCCGCGUGAGCAGCGUACAGGAGCUGUCGGAACUCAGUGAGACCGUUCUGGAGACUCUGCAUGACGCGAUGCACGAAACCCUCUGCCCUGGUGUGACGGAUGUUUCCAAAGCCUGUAAUCUGGAAGUCAUCCUGGGGUUUGAUGGCUCUCGAGAUCAGAAUGUAUUUGUGAGUCAGAAGGGACUCGAGUCCAAGGUGGACACCAUCUUAAAUCGAAUCAGCCAGAUGCAAAGGAUCAGCUGCAGCGGCAGCCAGCUGCCCACUGUGCGGGUGGCGGUGGUGGCCAACACACCCUCCGGGCCAGUGGAGGCCUUUGACUUUGCCGAGUACCAGCCAGAGCUGUUCGAGAAGUUUCGCAACAUGCGCAGCCAGCACCCGUACAUCCUCACAGCUGACACCCUGAAGCUGUACCAGAACAAAUUCAGGCAGUCCUCACCCGACAGUGUGAAGGUAGUCAUUCACUUCACGGAUGGAGCGGAUGGAGACCUGGCUGACUUACACAGAGCAUCAGAGGAACUCCGGCAAGAAGGUGUCCGAGCCCUGAUCCUGGUGGGCCUUGAACGUGUGGCCAACCUGGAGCGGCUGACGCAGCAGCUGGAGUUUGGGCGGGGCUUCAUGUACGACAGGCCCCUGAGGCUCAACUUGCUUGACUUGGAUUAUGAGCUGGCAGAGCAGCUUGACAACAUUGCUGAGAAAGCCUGCUGUGGGGUUCCAUGCAAGUGCUCUGGAGAGAGAGGAGACAGAGGGCCCAUCGGCAGCAUCGGGCCAAAGGGUAUCUCCGGGGAAGAUGGCUACCGAGGCUACCCUGGUGAUGAAGGUGGACCCGGUGAGCGAGGUCCACCUGGUGUGAAUGGCACACAAGGUUUCCAGGGCUGCCCAGGCCAGAGAGGAGUCAAGGGUUCUCGAGGAUUCCCAGGAGAGAAGGGUGAACUGGGGGAAAUUGGCUUGGAUGGUCUGGAUGGUGAAGAGGGAGACAAGGGGUUACCGGGUUCAUCUGGAGAACAGGGGAGUCCUGGAAGAAGGGGCGACAAAGGACCCAAAGGAGAGAAGGGAGAGAGAGGAGAUGUUGGCAUUCGAGGCGACCCGGGUGACUCAGGACGGGACAGCCAGCAGAGAGGACCCAAAGGAGAGACGGGUGACAUCGGCCCCAUGGGUCUCCCAGGCAGAGAUGGCGUCCCGGGAAGGCCAGGAGACCCUGGGAAGGAUGGUGGCUUUGGCCGAAGGGGACCUGCAGGAGCUAAGGGCAACAGGGGCGGUCCUGGCCAGUCAGGCUUCGAGGGGGAGCAGGGUACCAGAGGCUCACAGGGUCCUCCUGGUCCCGUUGGUCCCCCAGGCCUGAUUGGAGAACAAGGAAUUCCUGGACCUCGGGGAAGUGGAGGCACUGCUGGGGCUCCUGGAGAACGUGGCAGAACUGGUCCCCUGGGGAGGAAGGGUGAGCCAGGAGAGCCAGGGCCGAAGGGAGGCGUUGGGAACCGUGGACCCCGUGGGGAGACGGGAGAUGAUGGGAGAGACGGGAUUGGCAGUGAAGGACGCAGAGGCAAAAAAGGAGAAAGAGGAUUCCCUGGCUAUCCAGGACCAAAGGGUACCCCUGGUGAGCCAGGGGCAGAUGGACCACCAGGACCCAAAGGUAUCAGAGGCCGAAGGGGAAAUUCAGGACCUCCAGGGGUAGUUGGACAGAAGGGAGACCCUGGCUACCCAGGGCCAUCUGGUCACAAGGGCAACCGAGGCGACUCUGUGGAUCAAUGCGCCCUCAUCCAAAACAUCAAAGACAAAUGCCCUUGUUGCUAUGGGCCCCUGGAGUGCCCAGUAUUCCCAACAGAACUUGCCUUUGCCCUGGACACCUCUGAGGGGGUCACUCAGGACACCUUCAGCCGGAUGCGAGAGGUGCUCCUGAGCAUUGUGGGAGAUCUGACCAUUGCUGAGAGCAACUGCCCGAGGGGCGCCCGAGUGGCCGUGGUCACCUAUAACAAUGAAGUGACCACGGAGAUCCGAUUUGCGGACUCCAAGAAGAAGUCCGCCCUGUUAGACAGUAUUCAGAACCUCCAAGUGGCCUUGACGUCUAAGCAACAGAGCCUGGAGACUGCGAUGUCAUUCGUGGCCAGGAACACGUUUAAACGUGUGAGGAGUGGAUUCCUGAUGAGAAAAGUGGCCGUUUUCUUCAGCAAUAAGCCCACGAGAGCAUCCCCCCAGCUCCGAGAGGCUAUGCUCAAGCUUUCGGAUGCGGGGAUCACACCCUUGUUCCUUACCAGCCAGGAGGACCGACAGCUCAUCAACGCUUUGCAGAUCAAUAACACAGCAGUGGGACAUGCCCUGGUUCUGCCUGCAAGGGGGGACCUCAAAGACUUCCUGAAGAACGUCCUCACCUGCCAUGUUUGCUUGGACAUUUGCAAUAUUGACCCAUCCUGUGGAUUUGGCAGCUGGAGGCCUUCCUUCAGGGACCGGAGGGCAGCAGGUAGCGAUGUGGACAUAGACCUGGCUUUCAUCUUGGAUAGCUCAGAGGCUACUACUCUGUUCCAGUUCAAUGAGAUGAAGAAGUACAUAAGCUACGUGGUCAGGCAGCUGGAUCUGAGUCCAGACCCCAAAGCCUCCCAGCACUUUACCAGAGUGGCUGUCGUGCAGCAGGCAACCUACGAGUCCGUGGACAAUGCCAGUGUGCCCCCUGUGAAGGUGGAAUUCUCACUGACAGACUAUGGUGCCAAGGAAAAGCUGCUGGACUUCCUUAGCAGGAGGAUGACCCAGCUGCAGGGAACCAUGGCCCUGGGCAAUGCCAUUGAGUACACCAUAGAGAAUGUCUUUGAAAGUGCACCAAACCCACGGGACCUCAAAAUUGUGGUGCUGAUGCUGACUGGUGACAUGCAGAGGCAGCAGCUGGAAGAGGCCCAGAGAGCCAUCCUGCAGGCUAAGUGCAAGGGUUACUUCUUCGUGGUUCUGGGCAUUGGCAGGAAGGUAAACGUCAAGGAGGUGUACAGCUUUGCCAGUGAGCCCAAUGAUGUCUUCUUCAAACUUGUGGACAAAUCAACUGAGCUCAACGAGGAGCCUCUGAUGCGCUUUGGGAGGCUGCUUCCAUCCUUUGUCAGCAGUGAAAACGCAUUUUACCUGCCUCCAGAUAUCAGGAAACAGUGUGAUUGGUUCCAAGGGGACCAACCAGUGAAGAAUGGUGUGAAAUUUGGUCACAAACAUGUAAACACUCCACAUAGUGUUAAUUCAAGUCAUACGCCCAAAGUUGUGACCACAAUGAAGCCAGCGACAACAACCAGACCAACAGCAAUUGUAAAUCUGCCACCUGCUAAGCCAGCCCCUGCUCAGCUAGUCCCUGUUAAAUCAGCCCCUGCUAAACCAGCAGCCCCUGCUAAGACAGCCCCCGCUAAACCAGUAGCUCCUGCUAAACCACCCCCUGCUCAACCAGCAGCCCCUGCUAAGCUAACCCCUCCUCAGUCAGCAGCCCCUGCUAAGCUAACCCCUCCUCAGUCAGCAGCCCCUGCUAAGCUAACCCCUCCUCAGCAAGCAGACUCUGCUAAGGCACCCCCUGCUAAACCAGUAGCUCCUGCUAAGCCAGUCCCUGCUCAACCAAUGCAUACUCAGCCAGCCCCAGCUCAGCCAGCUCCAGCUCAGCCAGCCCAAGCUCAGCCAGCCCAAGCUCAGCCAGUCCUUGCUAAACCAGCCCCUGUGAAGCCAGUCUCUGCCAACAAGCAUGUGGCAGCCAAACCUGUGGCCACGAACACAGCCACAGUCAAACCUGCGGUAGCGGCGAAGCCCGCAGCAGCGAAGCCCGCGGCAGUGAGACCCCUUGCUACUGCUUCAAGGACAGUUGCUACGAAGCCAGAGACCCCCAGGCCACAGACCAAAGCAGCUGCCACCAAGCCAGCCACUACUAAGCCCCUGGCGAAAGUGUCCCGAGAAGUCCAGGUCUCUGAAGUCACGGAGAACAGUGCCAGACUCCACUGGGAGCGGCCUGAGCCCUCUAGUUCCUAUUUUUAUGACCUCACUGUAACCUCAGCCCAUGACCAGUCACUGGUUCUAAGACAAAACCUCACUGUCACUGACCGUGUCAUCGGUGGCCUGCUGCCUGGACAGACGUACCACGUGGUUGUGGUCUGUUACCUGCAGUCUCAGGUCAGAGGCAUCUACCAAGGAAGUUUCAACACAAAGAAAACUCAGGCUCCACCUCUUCAGCCAGCACGACCAGCAUCUAGUUCAACCAUCAAUCUAAUGGUGAACACAGAACCAUUGUUUCUCACUAAAACAGACAUUUGUAAGCUGACCAAAGAUGGCGGGACUUGUGAUCAGUUUAAGUUACUAUGGUACUACGACCUGAAUGAGAGAGGCUGUAAGAGAUUCUGGUACGGAGGCUGUGGCGGCAAUGAGAACAGAUUCAAGUCACAGGAAGAAUGUGAAAAGAUGUGCAGUCCUGAUUUAUCAGCCUAACCGGAACCUAAGCAUGGCCUUCGGGCAACACGUACCUCUGGGAGAAGAAGGAGGCAGCCAUUUCCAACUCGUUUUUUUUUUUUAAAUAGAAGCUCUGGGUAAAUGCCCCAGCACGGUGCCUUUUCAUGCUUUGAUUGACACUCAACCUCGGGAGGAAAGCCUCUGCACGUGACCUGUCAAUAUGGUGCUAAACGUGUCUGUGGACCCUGCUCUCCGUCUCCAGGCAGUUCUACCGUAUACUUGGACCAUGUAACAGCUAGCCACUGCUGGUGUUUAUGUGAACAUUCCUCUAAAUUCAGAUUCCCGCUGGAGUUUCAUUCUAGGCCUGUGCCGGGCAAAUGCAAUGUCUGGAACACAGCCUCAACGUCACAGCUGCUCUGUACGUUUCUGCUUGGUUCAUCCCCCUGUAGCUGCGUGGCUUAGAUGGAGAAACAAGAGUCUAAUGUUUUCAUGGCCCUGAGUUCCUGGAUUAGACUUUAAAUAAUUUUCUUCUUCUAAAUUCUCUGAAAAAUGAUCUAAUGGGAAGAAGUCAGACCCCCGUUCAUCUGUGUGCACUGUUGGGACAAAUGCCUCGAUUAAAGAAUUCAAAGAGAGUUGUAAUAGAGAAUAUUUUAGGCAUUCCUCUAAUGUGGGUUGUUUCUUUUAUUGUUGUUGUCUUGGAGUUUGGAGGUGGGAUUUAAUGUUUAAAAUUUUAGGAAAUUUAUACAAAGAAACUUUUUAAUAAAGUAUAUUGAAUGUGUCA